CCUCUGUUGCCUAUUAGAGAUUAUUCAGGCGGCUGGAAAGCGAAUUCACGCUUUUGGCUUUCUUUCUUAGGCUUGUACAUUUGACUUUCUGUUGUAUAUGUUUUUGAAAUCUCACACUGGACAUAUUCAGAUAUCAUUUACUCGGACAGGAAUAUCGGAUGGUCAAACGGGACAAUUGAAUUUGUGUUCAGCACGGGCUGGAGGAUUUAAACGACAGGCUACAAGCGCGUCUUCUGCUUUAAGCUUCUGACAGCGAAUGUAUUACACAUUGGAUUCAACUUCGGGAAAGUUUAACAUUUGCUCGGAAGCAAGCAGAUUUGGUUUCUACCCAUAUUGUGGGAUGCGCUGAAUUGCGCUGGAGAAUAUUUCGAGACUCAAAGAAAGAGAACACCGUGAACGUUCUGAAUUUCUGUUCUAUUGUCAAAUACAAGAAUAUGCUGACUUUAAAUUAAUUUAAUAGAUAUAAGCAUCGAUAUUUCAUAUCUUAACUAUUUAAUCCCCUUAAAAUCUGCGUGGCCAAAUCUACAACAUUCUUGCUAUAAUGACCUGGAGCUGAGACUGGAAAUAAAGGACUGUCUCCGAAUUUGUAGAAGAGCGGUUCGGGUUGUCGGAACAUGAAGUCAGUUACCGGUCUGUUUGUUGUAAAUGUGUUGCUGUGUUCAACGAUCUCGUCCUGGAGCGCGACUGCCAACAGCUAUGGAGCAGACAUUUCUAGGCUUGGUUCUGCUGAUUUUGGUGGCGUAAAUAACUUCAGCACCUUCCUAUUGGACCGUGUGUCUGGGAUGCUGUACCUUGGUGCACGGGAUGCAGUCAUCGCUGUGGAUACUGCUAAUCUAUCGAAGAGGAAGAUGAUUGAGUGGAGUGUUCCAGAAGAAAAGAGGAAAUCUUGUGUUGCUAAGGGAAAAACAGAGGACGAUUGCAAGAACUACGUCCGCCUGCUGGAGUUUUUGGGUGAGGGAGGCAUAUAUGCCUGUGGGACCUUUGCCUUUGACCCCCAGUGUGUAUUUAUUAACAUCUCUUCAUUCUCUCUGGAGAAACAUGAAGAUGGUAGCAUGAAAAUGGAGACGGGGAAGGGGAAAUGCCCCUUUGAGCCCAGCCAGCAUUACACAGCAGUCAUGGCAGGAGGGAUCCUUUACACUGCUGCCACAAGUAACUUUCUAGGCACAAUGUAUGACAUUUCCAGGGCAACAGGCAUCGAGCAGGAACGCAUCCGCACUGAGCAAUCAAUCAAUUGGCUUAGUGAUCCAGAGUUUGUCAGUUCUGCCUUCAUCCAAGAGGAUGAGAAGAACAAUCCUACUGGGGAAGAUGACAAAAUUUACUUUUUCUUCACUGAAGUAGCUAAAGAAUAUGACCUUUACGCCAAGGUCAAAGUACCCCGAGUGGCCAGAGUCUGCAAGUCUGAUGUAGGUGGUAUGAAGACUUUGCAGAGGCGGUGGACGACGUUUCUGAAGGCCCAGCUGGUGUGUGAAGAUCGAGCAAGUGGACAGCGAUUUAACGUUCUGACUGAUGUGUUCACUGUACAGCACCAGCCUGGAGACCCCAGCAGCACACACUUCUAUGGCAUAUUCACCUCACAGUGGGAAAGAGAGGAGCUGUCAGCCGUGUGUGUGUACAGUCUGGAGGAGAUCACUAAGGUGAUGAAUGGACCCUUUAAAGAGCUGAAAAAGACCUGUGAGAACUGGAUUAACCCAGAGCCCAUACCAACACCCCGACCAGGACAGUGUUUGAAUAGUGCUCUGAUGGAGCAGGGCUUUGAGUCCUCCCUGAAGCUACCUGAUAAAGUGCUAACAUUCGUGCGUGAUCACCCGCUUAUGGAGAACAGUGUGGUGGCAGCACCCCUGAUGAUCAGAAAUGGCAUCACAUACACUAAACUUGCCGUUACCUUAACAAUGGCCUCCAGUGGCCUGAAGCAACACAUGACCACUGUUUUGCACCUUGGAACAGAUCAUGGAGAGCUGCACAAAGUCGCUGUAGUUGGUCCGAAUGCAACUCUUAUUGAAGAAGUCCCUCUGUUUUCUGCACAGGAGCCAGUGAAUAACAUAUUGCUAUACAAAGAUGAGGCUCUGGUGGGCACUCCUCUCUCUCUGGUGAAGUUACCCAUAGUGGGUUGUUCUCUGUACUCUACCUGCGAGGUGUGUGCACGUGCCCGAAGUCUUGGCUGCGUAUGGAGGCAUAAAGAGGGAGAUUGUGCUUUGAAGCCUGGUGAAGUGGUAGAAGCAGAUGAUUUGGUCAGGCAAUGCAACAAAGGUGAAGGUCUUUGCUCCCCGCCUGUAAUUGAAAUGCGUGUUGUAAAGGGUCUGCGUGUCCUGCUUUCUUGUGUGCAACUGUCUCCUCGUCCCUGCCACUGGGACCAUCCUCCACAUAGUCACACCCGCCGCCACAACAAUGACCUGGAGGUGCAGGUCACAGAGAAGAGCCUAGGCACCUACGUGUGUCUAUGUGAUGAAGUAGGCAGAGAUCAGCCACCCUGCCGCAGAGCCGAGUACCAGCUGACCCUUGACAACCCCAGCAUGGAGGGGAAUGUGGCCAUUGCAGGUGGCCGACACUUCCUGGCUUCACACAUCAUUUUUUUCGUUGUAGGUUUUGUAUUGGGUGGCAUCCUGUUGUUUCUCAUUUACAAACGGCAAGGUGGAAUGAGAGGGGGCGGGCACUCAUCAUCCACGUUGGAAAAGGGGCGGGACUUGCUUCCUUCUACAGACACACCGCAAUCUCCAAGCAGCGCCAGUUUGUUGUCAGAGGCGGUUCCAUUAACCGAGAAAAGGAACGGGACACUGAACGGUCACGGACACAAUAUGCACCCGGCUGGGCACAACAGCAGGCAUAUUUAUUCUAACUCCAGUGGACUGAAACUGCAGGAAUCAGCUGUGAACCUAGCAGAGGAGCUGGAUGGUAGAGAAAGGGCGGGGCCAGAUGGGGAGGAGGAAGGAUUGGGGGAGGGGCUAAGUGAGAUGGAGGAGGAUUUUUCUAAGACGCCUUGUCUAAGAGGAGCACCUCUGGCACAGUGUGAAGAAAGCUCUAUCUAAAGACCAGCACACACGUGAUUUUUGAGACUACACUCUGUGAAAGGCUCGCAAACACAGACGGAGGGCUGGAGGACAAGAGGAAAGCAGACAAUCAAAGAAACUGAUACACAUUCCAAAUAAGCGAUUAACAUACGCCACCGCACAAAGAAACACACAAACAAAUAAACUGCAUUUGUUGGAGGCUCCUCUACUACUCCUUUACAUCACUGUCCAGUCCAUUCAUUCCUGUGUACAUGACAUGCUGUGUAGAUCUGUGUCUAUACUACUGUUUCUGCAUGUAUUUGUUUAGACGAAUGGGCACUUUUGUGUACCAUCCUCAAAGCCAUGCGCACCCACAUGGAAAUACACAGUCUGUGCAUCUGUGUGUGUGUAGUUCUUAGUUGCUCGGUCUGUUUCCUCUUUGAGGAUUCAAAGUCCAAAAGGACUUUCAGAGGCAAAUGACCCCUCCGCAGCCCAGAGCAGCACAAAGCCA